CAAUUAGGGUUAACUCAAACUGAAUCAAACUUCAUGCCCAAGGUUGGAAGUCUUCCCAGUCAACUCACCACAGCCACAUAGCAUGGUGGGAGACAAGGCGAGAGGGGCGAUGAACGCUUUUCAGAGAAACGAAUCCAAGGAAACUUUGUUCACUUUUAUUUCUGCAGGAGAUGAUCCCCCCAAAGGAGAUUUCCCUGUUCAGAAAAAAUCCCCGAAACUCUGUGGCUCCAACUACCCCCUAAGCAUUGCCUUCAUCGUGGUGAAUGAGUUCUGUGAGCGCUUCUCCUACUAUGGCAUGAGAGCUGUCCUGACACUAUAUUUCUUAAGCUUCUUGCACUGGGAUGAGAAUCUCUCCACCGCUGUGUACCAUGCCUUUUCUGCACUGUGUUAUUUCACACCUGUCAUUGGAGCCAUCAUGGCAGACUCCUGGCUGGGGAAAUACAAGACAAUCAUCUACCUCUCCAUUGUGUAUGUGGUUGGCCACCUGAUAAAGUCAGUCGGUGCAAUUCCAUCCCUAGGCAACCAGGCGGUUCAUGUGGUCCUGUCUAUGGUUGGUCUGUUUUUGAUCGCCCUUGGAACGGGAGGUAUCAAGCCCUGUGUCUCUGCAUUUGGUGGGGACCAGUUUGAAGAGGAACAUACCUCGGAGAGAAGCAAGUUUUUUUCCAUCUUCUAUUUAUCCAUUAAUGCUGGAAGUUUGAUCUCCACGUUUGUAACUCCUGUGCUAAGAGGGGAUGUGAAAUGUUUUGGAGAGGAUUGCUAUGCACUGGCUUUUGGUGUCCCAGCAGCACUGAUGGUGUUGGCACUUGUUGUAUUCAUUGCUGGAAGUGGACUGUACAGAAAAACACCACCACAAGGGAAUGUCUUACUGGAAGUGUGCAAAUGCAUCGGUUUUGCUAUUAAAAACCGGCUGAAAAACCGGUCUCGUCAGAUUCCAAAGCGAGAUCACUGGCUGGACUGGGCAUCAGAAAAAUACUCGAAACAGCUGAUUGGGGAGGUUAAAAUGGUGACACGUGUUCUCUUCCUCUUCAUACCACUGCCAAUGUUCUGGGCCCUGUUUGAUCAGCAGGGAUCCAGGUGGACUUUGCAAGCCACAAAAAUGAAUGCUGAUUUUGGAAUAUAUGUCCUUCAGCCUGACCAAAUGCAGUUCUUAAAUCCUCUUCUUAUUCUUGUCUUCAUCCCAAUUUUUGACCUUGGGCUCUACCCCCUCAUAAACAUGUGCAAAUUUAAUUUCACACCUAUUAGGAAAAUGGCAACAGGUAUGAUCCUUGCAGGAAUGGCGUUUGGACUUGCAGCUGUUGUGGAAGUCAAAAUAAAUGAAACUGAUAUGCCUCGACUUGUCCCAGAAGAAAGUUUAAUUCGGGUUCUGAAUUUGGCAAAGAACCCUGUUCACGUGACAAUCCAAGACCAGGACCUAUUUCAGCAGCCCGUGGAGGCUUUUCAGAAUCCAACUGAAUACUCAAAAUUAAUACUGAAUGGAGAGGAACAGAGCCUUCUCCUCACCCUGCAACAUCAAGGAUUGUCUCUUGCUUUUAACUACACCGUGAAGGAAAAAUCAGUAUACAGCCUAAUUGUUUUUGAGGCAGAAGGAAGCCUAUCAAGCCGCUUAAUUACAGACUUGGAAGCAAAGCCAGAAAACGGUUUGGCAGCUGUUAGAUUCAUUAAUGGUUUGAGUCAAGAUGUCAACGUCACCAUUGACAACAAACAGUUCAUUGCUGUUCAGAAAAGCUACAGUGCUUCUGAGUACUCGCUGCUAGAGAGGGACAAAUAUAAUAAUGGAAAAUGCGUUACUGAAAUGGGAGAAUUCACACUGGAGCUAGGGCUGCUCGACUUCGGCGCGUCAUACACCAUUGCAAUAACUAAUGUUUCUGAAGGUGCUGUUAAGACAUGGAAGUCAGAAGACAUCAGAGCCAACAAUGUCCAUAUGGCUUGGCAGUUACCACAAUAUUUACUAAUAUCUGCUGGGGAGGUGAUGUUCUCCAUUACAGGUCUGGCCUUCUCCUAUUCUCAGUCUCCGGCCAGCAUGAAGUCGGUGCUGCAGGCAGGCUGGCUGCUCACAGUGGCUGUUGGGAAUACCCUUGUGCUCGUUGUUGCACAGGCUGCACCAAUGGCACAGUGGGCUGAAUUUGUCUUGUUCACUGUUCUCCUCUUUGCUGUGUGCAUUAUUUUCUCCAUCAUGGGAUAUUUCUAUGUCAGUGUGGAUCCAGAGGACCUAGAAGAAAAGGAAGAGAAGAAAGAGACCUCAAGCAGAGGAAACAUGAUUAGUCUUGUUACUAAGAAAACAAAGCUCUAACACAUGGGUUGGGAUUUUUUUUUUUUUAAACUCAGUAGAUGGGAGGGUAAAAGAAGGGUGGGGAUAGUAUUAUUUUAUACUACAACAUUGCAGUCUUUAUUACUCAAAAUGUAGCUACCUUCUAAAUGGGACCAAAUAGCCCUCUGUAAAAACAAUGGGGGUCCUGAAAUCAGAGCAAAACUCCCUGGGAAAGCUCCUCUGGUAUUAAAAGCCCUUGUAAGUAAAUACAGUGUAAUUUAAAACCUGCCUGUCUUUUAAAACAUGGAAUGCUUUCCUAUGAUUUUGUUUUAAACAUAUAUUUAGGGCAGCAGGGAGGAAGGGUAGAAGGAAUGCCAUAAGACAGCAAAAUUUGGAGAUGUUUGGAGAAAAGAAUUAAAACCCAGUAUAAGAAUUGGGGAAGAAUAGAUGUUACCGACAGAAGAAUUUUUAAUGCUAUCAUCAAGGACUGGAAGUGUUACACAGAAUCCCAGAGGAUUUAAUAAUGUAAUUCUCCUUAUGAGUAUUUCACCCCAUUAUUGCAUGUUAUGAAUGGUCUUGAUUUAUGACUUUCACCUGCAGACUCAGAAGUAAUAACAGGGAAUUAAAUUCUGCUGGCUAAAAUAUUCCCAAAACACUACUGAAGAAGAUAUGUAUGCUACCAGCUCUGUGAUACCCAUUUUUUCCUAGAAGUUUUUAGCAACUGAUGGUAUUUUUUGAUUAGAUGUGAUUAGAGAAUUGGUUUACGCUUUCUUAUUUCAGAAAUCCAGGCAGUUAUUUGCCAUGCUCCUAUAUAUUAAGCCUUUAUUGGGCAUUUCCUUUUAGAGCACCUGCCACUGCAAGUUAGGAUAUGGGUGAUUUCUUAUCUCAUGUUUCAGCUAUUCCCCACUGGGAGACACGUUGCAGCAGUUUCUAUAAAGUUCCAGGCAUCCUGCAGUGUGUUAAACAAGGAUGCACUUUAUCAUUUUUUUCAGUCUACAAAAGGAGACUAUGGCACAGGAAAUUUUUCUUUUUCCUCCCUGCUUCUCUGUCUCUCUGCCAAACUUUGGAUAUAGGUAUUUUGUUUGACUUGUGAUAUAAUUGUUUGAUUUUCCUCACUUGCGUGAAGCUGCGAUUUCAUGUUCUGCGUGGAAGUAAUUCAACCAUUGCUGAUCUAAUAGAACUCCUGAGAGAGUCCCUGCCUUCCUCUGUCGCUCCAAGGCUGCAGUUGUAACAGGUACGGCCUAAUUUACAGCAAGGUUGUCAAUAGGAUCUUCAGGUCACAGAGAAUAGAUCUUAAAUGAUGCUUCCCUUUUCCAUCUUGGCAUUGACCAUAGGUGGUUGCUGAUGCUUUGAUUCAGGAGAUCAUGAAAUGCAUGUUUAAUUUAAUUCCUGUUCAGGACAGUGCUAGGGAAUAGGCUUAGCUUGACACUUUUUCUGCUUUAAUAUGCUGCCUUGUGUGUGUGUGUCUUUUUGACUAAGACUGAGAAAACCCCACUUUUUAGUUUAUAACUGGAAGACUCACACCCUCAAAUUGUUUUCUUUGCUUCCUGUUGUAAAUGGUCAUGAACUUCCACCACUAGUUCUGCAUAAGCUCCUGCCUGCUGUGAAAUAACGUCUGGGUCUUGUGCCAGAGGGGGACCGUGGUCUCAGAUAAAUGACAACAGGCUGCGGGUGUGCACACAGAAACACUUAAUGUGGUUCAGUUGAUGCAGAGCCAUUUAUUAAGCUGUGGUGGCUGGAUCCAGGCAGCUGAACCCUGCUACGCAGCAGGGAAUGAAGGGCAUUGAAAGCCAUCUAUUAGGUCAUCCAACCUGCUCUUCAGAAGCCGAGUGAGGAUUAUUCCCUCCGCUCCUUUCUGGUAUUGUUGUCCUGCCAUGAUUCUUUGUGUGGGUUCUUUCUCCUUCAGGCAUUGUUGUUUUCCUAAUCCUGUUUUAUGAUACACUGUGAAUCAGCUCAGAGGCUGCUGAAUCAUUCUGCUAUGAUGCUGUUUGACCAGUUUCCAAUCUGAAGCACUAAUAGAGAGCAUUUCGUCCUCCCCCCUGCAAACAAAACAAAAAUCCCCAUACUGAAGGAAUGGACUGGCUCCAGUAGCACUGAACAAACAUAAUUUAGAAUUAUUGGAGCAUUUAAUUUUUUAUAAGCCUUGAAUUUGGAAGUAUGUUGGGGUUUGAGGGCAUAUGUGGUGAAGAGACAAUUGAAAAUUAUUGGAGCACUUUACUUGGGAAGCACUUGGUACAUCACAGCUCAAAGUGGCAUGAGGGAAAGCAAGGUGUCCAGAGGACACAAUCUUUAAGACUACAUAUGCUCAAGAAUCUCUUGAGUUUUAUGUUUUAUUUCCCUACUGGCGGCACUACCAGAAGCUGUCACACACUCUGAGCUUAAUUUAAAGGAAUCAUUCCAAACUCAUAAAAGAUACAUUUAGGAUGUCAUCUGUAUCUGCUUUUUAGACUCCUGAUGCCAAAUUGCCCCUUUCCAAACAUCACCGUGUUCCAAACCAUCGCCAUAAUGCUGGGGGGAGAAAAAUUGCAAUUCACAGUUGGGAAGGUUAUGAACAGGAAGGCAAUGCUAUGAAUAAAGUGCUAACAUGAGGCUGGGGGCUGCUCCUGCAGCCCCUCUGGGGAAUUGCUUGCCCAGGGGAGUGUAAGGCUCUGUUCACAUUUCCCUUUCAGCUGACACUGUUACUUCUUCCCACCUGCUCAUCAUCACCUAUUGGAAUUUUUGUCUUCCCCCAAUCUGCCUGUUUGGUUGCUGGUGUGAUCCUUCCCCACUGUUUCAGCUGCAGUUGUAAAGCUUUGCUAAUUGGACCCAUUUAUUUGAAAGGCACUAGCAGUUUGGAUGGAUUUCCAGUGGGCAUUCCACUGGAGAAGAUGGCAAAAUAGCACAUUCAGCAUAGCACUUCUCCAGUUUUAGAGCCACAAUUCCAUCCCCAGAGCUCCUCAGUCAUUUUCAAGUUUACUCAAGACUGGAUCAAAGAUUUAGGACCUGAUUCUGUGGAGUAUUGAGGUCUCUGGGUUUUUCUUCCAUAGGGCCAGCUCAGAGAUGGGGCCGUGUACAGCUAUUAACACCCAAUUUUAGAACAAUAUUCCUUAUUCCUCCUGAUUUUUUGAUUUGGGAUUAGAGGGAGAAGCUAAAAUAGUGAUAGUAUACGUAAAGCUAUGUGGACUUCUGUAGAGAAAUAGCAGCCUGCUGUCUGUCCAGCUUUGCCCGUCACUGAAGGGAGUCUCAGCUGUUGGUUGAGUUUGUCCUGGAGCAGAUUAGGGAAAGUUCACACCAGCUGCUUUGAAGGCUGACCUACAGAAUUUACCACUUCCAGCUAAGGGACGGUAAUGAGCUGGUGGGGAUCUAUAGGUAUGUUGCUGCACAAGCCUUCAUGGAGAUUGCAGGGGUUUGACUUCACUGUGGAAAUAUGUGUAUUUAUCUGUUUUUCUGAAGGAUGCUUUCUGAUAAAGAUUUUUUGUGCAGCAAAUUUUCCUUCAGUUGCGCUGGCUGAUACUCAACACAUUUUCCCCCUUAGCGGGUUGUAAGUGUGGCCAGUGUAAUUUUCAGCUUUCCAUGAGAUAAUCAUAAAAAUGAGAUUUCAAACUCAGCAAAACAACUUCUUGGCUGUGGGUUUGUUAAAUUUACCUCUUCAUUGUGAGGCAGUCGAAUGCCUUUUGGUAUCAAGCUGCUCUGUGCAGCUCAAGGGGCUUGCAUCUCUCUUUUCUUCCCACUCCCUUUCCCCACAGUCCCAGAUGAUGAGUUUUGGAGGAUUCCAGAGGAUGAGCCCUGAGAAGGCUGCAAGGGACUGGCUCGGAUGCAGCUGGUGUGUGCUGUCAGCCCUGGGGCUGGGCAAGGUAGCCUGGGGCAGAGCUUGCCCUGGUAGAAGACAUGGUUUUCUUGAGCAGUGAUCAGGAUGUGAGUUUUAUUGUGAAAGUGAAACGUGAGCAAGUGAAAGGAAAAGUUUUCACCGGCCUUGCCUUUGGCCUGAGGGGCUGUGCAAAGAGGCUGGAGACUGCUGGGCAGGAAGGAAAGAAAGGGCUAUUUGGUCACGAUCUUCCCAACUCCUCAAUGAACAGCUGAAAUUCCCACAUCGAAUUGAUUGGAGAGAAGAUGAGAUGGGAGAAAUGGAAAACUCAGAUAAUUAAAUAGUGGAUGACUUCAGACCUUUCAGAAAAGUUCCUAACUAGUAGCAAGGGGCCAUUGGGGGAGUUAGUCGCUCCUGGCUUGAAAACUGGUUCAUCAUUCCAGAGUUUUGCAAAAACCAGCAUACAGACCUUUGUUGGUGGGUCUGCAGUGACUGGAGGAGGAGGCAGCUGUGCUCCUGGUAACGCCUCCACAAUCUAUGGCAACCACCACCUUAGCUUGGGACAGAAAAAAACAGCUGAAGGUGUAUCACAGACGAGAGUAACACAGAAGGGAGAGCUACAUUUUAGGGGUAGCUAACAGGUGGUUUUAGCCAGGGUCAUACACAGAGGAAUAAUCUCCUUUUCAAUCUGUGUUGAAUUUCUCUGCCUAGCUACAAGAAGCACUUUGUAGCACCAGCAGUUUAAACCUGGGAGUUCAGCUCCAUGGCAAACACCACAGCUGCUGAAUUUUGGAUGGUACCAGUCUCUGCAUUUCAUUAUCACUACAUUUGUUAUUGUGAUAUAAUUUUAAAACAGCAUUUAGGAGAUGUUUCUGGUCCCAGAUGUUGACAGAUCUGGACAGGGUUUUGCAUGUUGAUAGCUGGAUUUACUCUUGUCUUUCAUGUGAACAUGUGAGAUAAACCUGUCAUGUACAAGUAGAUGUUGCAGGGCCUUUGGAUUUCCCCAGCAAUUUAGAAAAAAACCCCAAAUCCCUGGUGAAGCUGGCUAAGCAUGAACUGUGGCAUUACUUCCUUGUCAGAGCCACCCACGUGCUUUGUAAAGCAGGGACCCUCAUUCAUCUCUUGCGAGGUGCUUCCCAGGAAGACAAAAAUGGGGGAUACCAUUAAACAUUUUGCCCUGAGAAGGGCUCGUGCUGCAAUACAGAAAUUGCAUUGAAGGAGAAUAAUUGCUUUGCUUAAAAUCCCUCCUUUCUCACCAUCUCAGGUGGUCAACAAGGAAUGAAACAAGUUGUUUCUUAGUGAGCUUUCAGUCAAGGAGCUGCUGCAUCUUCUCAAGGUCUUUCUAUGCUGUGUUUCACCAGCAGAUCAACAUUUACCUGCCUUUAGUACCUGUAGAUCAGGAGGUUGCCAGGAUGCAGUGCAGCCACACUGCAGGCUCCCACUAUCAGCUGAUCAACUCCGAUCUCUUCAUUUUUAAUGAAUAGUUUUAGCGGUUAUCCUGCAGGGCUCAGUCAGAAUUUGUCUAAAUUUAGGCAAAAACUAAAGAUCUGAGAGAACUGUAAUCAACAAGAUAAAUGCAAAACUCUCAAAAAACCUGCUAAAACACUGGUUUAGUGCUUAAUUAAAAUUUUAAUAUGCUUACAGAAAAUAAAAACCUAAACCAGAAUGUAGCAAUUCAGUUGGAGUAAUGAGGAGCUGCAGUUGGAAUCCAGCAGCGUGGCAACUGGCAGCCAAACUGAAGACACAAAAAUCAAGCAAACAUCACUUUUUAGAUUAUUUUUUGUCAUUGCAUAUGUUGUUCAGUCUGCUUGGCCUGUCCUGUUCAAUCUACCCAUGUGUCUAAGGAAAAAGGAGUCGAACUGACUUGUGGAAGAGAUGUACCCCUCCCAAGCUGCAGUUUGGUUUUCCUUUUGUUGCAGACUCCCAAGUUAGCUCCAAAUGACUCCUCUCACUAGCAGUCAGCCCCCUCAGUCCCACAUGCUGAGCUUCCCUCCCCAGAAGUCACUCAGACUUCUCCCUGGUGACUUUGCCAGCCCUCAGCACCUUGCUCAUUCUUCUUCUCAUGCAGCCUCUCUGCUGCCAGGGACAGUGUGUCCUGCUGGGGGUUGUCCUGGGUAAUGCUGCCUGCUUUCCUGCAGACAGAAAAACUUCUCACCCAUGGGACUACUGUGUCUGAGCAGAAAUCAUGCAGAGCCAAAUAUUUGGGUGGUAACAGGGCAUCUUCCCUGGUUUGCUUUGGCUCUGCUUCUUGUCACAGCCUCGUAUGAUCUGAUGCAUCUUCUGUAGGCAAAUUGGUUCAGAAGCACUGGGGUAAUCCAGCAUCUCUGUGUGUCCCUCCAGUCUAUCCUGUGCCCAGUCAGUUGCCCACAGUCAGCCCUUGUGUUGUGCCAUGUCAAGCUACAGGAACUUCUGGACCAAAACACUACUGUUACCAGCCAUGGGGGGUCCGUUUGUGCUGCCUGUGGCCUCAGCCUGCUUUACUUGGCCUUUUCUUAUACAUUACUUAUGGUCAGGCUGCUCCUUCCAGCCUCCCGCUUGUGCUGGAGGCUCUGGACACCUCCCCUGCCAGACAGAUUGUGAGUCUUUCUCUUGCAGAGAAGUAGGAGAAAGUCACUUGGUUCGUGUUCGUCACAGCACUAGUGUGUGGUCAGUGGGCUGCAUCUGCAACCACAGAUGUCCCAUCAGUGUGGACGAGGCAGCUGGUGAAAUGGGGCCGGCUCCUCUGCCAGCAGUGCUGGCACAGGGACUGCUGGUGUCAGUAGGACUGGCUCUGUGGCCUUCCCAGACUUGACUGGGCUGUUUUAAAAUCCAGUGUCAAUGUUUUACUGGAAGACCUGUGUUAUUACCAUGAUGCUGCUAGCCUUCAGCUUCUGAACCUGCUGGGCGAGGAGCAGCAGGCUGUGUUCCCGGGCAGAGCUGUUCCUCCUGACGCAGGGACCUGUGCCGGUGCUGCUCGCCCAUGGUGGGGCACUUUCUGCUCCUUCUUCAUCUACUUGACCAGCUCCAGUGACCAGGCCUCGGGUAAUGGGUAUCUCCCAGACCUCGCUGUGUUAUGUGCCCACCCACAAGGGAUGUUUCUUCGAGUGGAAGUCAGUUUGGUUCCUUUGAGCUCCGAUUGCCCAAAUCUGCCUGGAGCCUUUGUUCAGGCUCUUUCCCUGUUUAACCUGUGCAUCAAAACACUUUCCAAAUAGGCCUUCAUGCUGUCCUCACUGAAGGCAGAAACCUCUCAAAGGUGCUGUGCCAAUAUGGAUUUUUCCUGCCUAAGUUGGAGGUGAAACAAGCCAGCAGGAAUUCAGCAGGCGCCAGGAGCUGCUGCCUUUCAAAAACGCAAGUUGCUGUCAGUCACAGUGGCUCCCGACAUGCGAGGCCAUGCAGUCCAGCUCCUGCUGUGCCCUGAGCUCAGCAGAGGCCAGCGGAUGCUCAGAUGCCUCUCUGGGGGUGGCAGCUCACAGGUCCCAGCACUGGCUACCCCACCUAUGUGCCAUUCAUGGUCUGUCAAUGCCAGCUUUGCUUCCUGACACUUCAUACAGCCCAAAACCUGCAGAGCAAAGAGAAGAAAGUUCCCUCUUUCCACAAACUGUAUUUAAUUUGCAUUUCCCCCCUCCUUUCUCAUUCACAGCCAGUGUCGUUAGCUGCCCUGUUAUUUCAGGGCUGGCCAAGGGAGCUGUGCAGUCCCCACAUCUCAUCGCUUCCUUGGAGAAAGGAGAGGUCGAGCCUCUCCCACUCUGCCCACCCACGAGCAUCUUCCUGGAAGCUCUCCUCAAAUUCAGGUCCCCCACUCCUCCAGAGAGCACUUCCCUCAUGAGACCAGUGAUUUGACAUGUUUUUAACCAGCCAGGCUCUUUGUAGGGAUUAGCCAGCCUGGGUAAUAUUUGCGUUUCACCCUUUGCUGUCUGCUGGCUGUGGCUUUACUUUUGGAGCUAAUGUCACUGUUUUUCUUUCCCCCCUGCAAAGCUUGUCCUGAGCACCUGCACUCUAUGUAUAGAAUAACUAAAUGGCCUUGCAUGUUCGAAGGCAGAUUAGUCCCUCUAUCUUCUACCAAAACUUUGACAGUGUCAUGAAGAAACUCUCUGCUCUAAUGGUGCCAGCAUAGUCCUUUACAUCCCUACUGGAUCCCUUCUUUGGCCCUUCUUUGCACCAUCAUUUCGUACAUGCUGGUUAAAACCAAAGGGCUUGUACUUAAUUUCUCACACCCUGCAGCACUCCUCAAGCUUCUGUAAUGCAGGCUCUGAGUUCCCUCUUCUGUUUGAGCUGAAAACUAUUAAAAGCUGUUGAGAGCUUCAGUACCAGCUGUUUUUUGUCUAGUAAAGUUUUUUUUUUUUUCCAGAUUUUUUACUGUGUUCACAUCCAUCCCUUACAACUACGGAAUGAAACACUACUCUUGUCUUUUCCUGUCAACCUUCACUUUUGUGAACAAGGUUGGGCUUUUAGCUUUUCCAUAAAAACCUUAUCUUCAGUGCCUUUAGUCCUAAUGCUGUUGAUUGUUCAGCAUCCCUUGAAGCUAGGGAUUUGGGCUCCUUCCUUUGGGUUUUUGCUUCUGUCUGCUCAGCAUUUCUUAGCUGGUGUCACUGUACCACACCACCUGGGGCCCGUUGACCUACUGGGCUGAAAAGGACCAGAAAAGUCAUCCCAGUGGUUUAAAAAGAUGUACCUAGACUGAACCUGCUCAACUCUGAAAGUUUUCAGCGCUUUUUCAGAUUGUUAGAGGAAGAGCAGGCACUUUUCCGUGUAGGGGUGUGCUCUCAUGCCUGCUGUGUCCUGCUCUGGCUGCGCGGGGACGCUGCCAGGUCAGCGCAGCUCUGCCAUCCCUGGUGCUUUGCUCCUUGCUUCCCCCUGGCUCUGUGUUUUCUGGCUUGAAUUCAUCUGUUCUGGUCCUCUUUUUGGUAGGUCUCUCACAGUAGUGAUAUUCACUCUGAGGGCCCCAUUGGCUCCAACAAGUUAUCUGACCAGUCUCAUGAUGUUACUUGUGGUGACGCCCAUCACAGGGUUUAUUUUGCCUUUUCAGUCUCCACUGUUGUUCCCGUUUUCUGCUGUGGUUUCUAUUGAUUGUCAAGCUCUUGCCAAUUUUGUCUUCCUCAUCAUGGCUAACCAUUAUCAAUGCUGUGCUUGGAGUGCAAGUGCCCUUCACGCCACAGAUCUGCAAGCUAAGUAAACUUAGCAAAUCAUUAGGGCAGACUUUGACCGCUCCUGUCUCCAUCAAAGACUGGGAUUAAAUUAGGUCCCUUUGAUAAACUGAGCUGAUGGGCCAAUUUGGAUUGCACGUGUGGUAUUAUGAGUCUCACGGGGCUUAUGAUUAAAGACAUAAGAGAAUGCAAUUAUUUAGAGAGCUACUGGUAGAUUGCUGUAACUCACUAGUCACUUUAUCAGAACAAAAGAAGAUCCCAAUUCUGCAGGGUGGCAGGCAGCUCCUGGGAAGUGUCUGUGAGCCUCUAAUUGCUGGGGGAGGUGAGAGUUGUGUUUAUCUCCUGCAGAUGUGCAUGAUAACACUGCUGGGGGGGGGGGCGAACGCCACUCCAACCAUUUCAGUCCCCAAGGCACUUGCUCCAGGAGUGAAACCUUUCACACAGCUGCCUUCUUCAUCUCUUUCUACAGUUGCUUGUGGUUUUUUUCCCCCAUAAACUGCAGUUGGCUUUGCAGCAAGGUAGAGGUCAGCUGGGUUUCUUUACUGGACUCUAAUCGAAUCCUGACCUGCCCAGGGAGCUCAGUGCAAUCUAGGCUGACUCCCUGCACCAAAUCUUCAAGCCUGGGGCUGGAUCCUGACCCGGUAGGAAGAGCUCUGUUAUUUUAGGCUCUGCAUCAGGCCCUGAAGAUGAGAAAUGUCUGACUGGACACAAAUACAAUUUUGCCUGUUUUUUUCUCUCAGGUUACUGAGUCAGAGCUGGAUGGCAUAUGUAAUUGUAGUAGGGCUAUUCUUCUCUCUUAUUUUUUUAAAAGGAACAUUCAUGCUGUGCUUUAAUUACAACAUUUAGAAUAUGUCCAAAUAGCUUGAGCUCAAAUUGAUCUUGUUUUUCAGCCAGGAAGGUUGUUUUUCAUCUAUUAUAAUAAUAAAUGUGCUAUUGAUAAUAAUUUAGGUGCAAUACAGCAAAGCUUUGUGUUAUGCAUCAGCUCUGGAAGGCCAAAUUUUCCUUAUUAUCCGUUAUUGAUAUGACAGUUUGCAAAUAUUUAACAAACAAAUUACCAGCUUUCCCUUGUUCCCCUCUUCGUUUUCAAUCUCAGUCUUUUUGACAGCUGAAUUCAGGAUUAAUGACAAUCUUGUUUAAGACAAUUGUUUGCUAGCAGGUUUAUUCUUUAAACCUACAAGUGCAGUAGGAGAACUGGCACUGGCACUUUGAAUUAAAUCUCAUCCUUGAAGCAAAUUUUUUAGCUUUAUUCCCUCUGAUUCUCCUAAGUAGAAAUCGGAUUUGCCUGCUAAAGUGCUUAGACCUGUUAUUAAUUUCUUGGUUUAUGUAGUCAAUUUAAAUAUAGAAGCUCAACAUAUGAGGGGUUGGCAAAAGGAGCUGUUUUUCUCUCCCAGCCCGGAGCUUGCUGGGCCUGUUCAGAUUCUAAGUGCUUUAAGAGACAGGUCCUCUCUGAGCACAAGCAUGGGAGCAAGGAGACCACCUUGAGCCUCCAUAGAAAAGAGAGAUCUAGAACAACAUGCUGGACUUGGUCCUCAAUAAAGCACUGGAGGCAGCACUGGGAAACAUGCAGUCCAGGCCUGGGACUGGUAAAACACAUCCAUGCUCUGCAGCAGCUUCCUCCCUGCCUGCUCCGGGUCUGAGCACAGGGUAAAGGGAAGGGAAAGGGCUAAAGUGCCAACAUCUGCCUGGGAAGGUUGUUUCUCAUGUAGAUGGCUGCAGGUGAAACAAGGAGGGUGCUACACCCCGUGGCAAAGCCUGAUGCAUCCCCCAGCUGGAUCAGGGGCAUCUCCUGGGGGAAAACACAGCACCAGAAUAGAGACUCAAAGAAAACGUGAAGCACCCCCUUUGGAGCACGUGCAGGGCACUGGGCCAUUUCUGCCCUGCGGUUUCUGACCGUAGGCUUUGCAUACACAAUACAGGAAUUCACUAGUGUGUAAGCCAGGCUUUGGAGAUGAGAAGUGAGUUUGUUCUCAAGUAAAAUCACCUUUUGUUAGCAGAAAAUCUGAGAGUUGGGUUCCCCAAGGGAACAGUGUUUGAAAAUCACAGGUGAUUAAAUGAUAACACAUUAGAGAGGUUUUUGGGGGGGUUGGUUGUUUUUUUGUGGAGGUUUUUUUUGUCUGUUUGCCUUUUGGAUUUGGGAAGGUGGAUGCUGUACAUAAAUUUCUCUACAACUGACCUGGCCGCAAACUUUUUGUUUUAAUGCAAGAAAAUCGGAGACUUUCCUUAAAAGAGAAGCCCCCCAGGAGUUCUAAAAUACUAAAUGUCACACCAGCAAAAAUUACUAAAGCUGGUAACUCCGAGUGUAGCAUAUCACAUUGGUCUUAAGCAAAAAUAAGCCAAAUCAAACAAGACUUGAUGGAACAGAAUAAAAGCAGGCCAGCACGACAGCUUGGCUUGAAACAAUGUA